UUGUAUACUUUUGUGUGACGCUUGCCGCUGGGUCGAUGUAGCUGCUUUCUUUGCAAAGGAAUGUCACUUCUUUAUCUCUGUUGGGAUGGAAGUCUGACAGAUGUUUUGAGAAAAAGAUGCCGGGACUGCAGUUCCUUAUUUUAUUAAAUAACCAUGAUUCUCAAAACAACAUGGUAGUUACCUCCACCUCUGACUGGCGAGCAAGAAAAUCUGGUCAGAUUUAAGAGAACCACUGCUAAAUUCAGAGUCAGUAUUUAGUCAUUUGGCAUCAUAUUUGCUUCGAAGCAUGGGCCCUUAACUUCCACUGUCAUCAGGAGACGCUGUUACACAUUUCCUUCACGUGUUGUUUGACAAAUUGUCAGGGUACUGCCGUGUGUUCGUGUGCAAGCUUGUGAAGCUUUGUCAAGAUGUUUUCAGCACUUAAGAAGCUGGUGGGAUCUGAGCCAGGGCAGCUCAGGGACAAGAACAUCCCAGCUGGCCUGCAGUCGAUGAACCAAAGUUUGCAACGACGCUUCGCCAAGGGGGUGCAGUAUAAUAUGAAAAUAGUAAUCCGGGGUGAUAGAAACACUGGAAAGAGCACUUUAUGGCAUCGACUACAAGGCAAGAAGUUUGUGGAGGAGUACCUGCCCACCCAGGAGAUCCAAGCCACAAGUAUCCAUUGGAAUUACAAAACUACUGAUGACGUGGUCAAGGUAGAGGUGUGGGAUGUGGUAGACAAAGGCCAAAAAUAUCCUCUUCCUGAAGGUGUAGGCAAAGGCAAAAGGCGUGGAGACAAUUUGAAACUGGAGAAUGAGCCCCAAGAGUCAGAUGAGGUGGCCCUGGAUGCAGAGUUCCUGGAUGUGUACAAGAACUGUAAUGGAGUCAUCAUGAUGUUUGACAUUACCAAGCAGUGGACUUUUAGCUACAUCCUGAGGGAACUGCCCAAAGUACCCACCCAUGUGCCUGUGUGUGUGUUGGGAAACCACAGGGACAUGGGCGAGCAUCGUGUCAUCCUCCCUGAUGAUAUAAGAGACCUGAUUGCUGGACUUAACAGACCAAUGGGAUCAUCUUACAUCCACUAUGCUGAGUCCUCAAUGAAGAAUGGGUUUGGCUUGAAAUAUCUACACAGGUUUUUCAACAUCCCCUUCCUGCAGCUGCAGAGAGAGACACUCUUGAGGCAGCUGGAGACCAACCAGCUGGACAUGGAUGCCACCUUGGAGGAGCUUUCUGUCCAGCAGGAGACUGAGGAUCAAAACUAUGAGAUUUUCCUGGAGAACUUGGAGUCUCGCGGUAAAGGCUAUGGCUCACCUGGUCCAGCCAACGGUCAGAGUCCCUCCUCGGGCUCCCAGUCCCCCAUUGUCCCUCCCAGUGGGGCUUCCACAGGCAGCUCCAGCCCAAGCACCCCUCAGGCCCCCAUUCCCUCCCAGGUGCUUCCACAGUCACCGUCUGUGUCCGCUUCUUCCCCUCCACCUCCCUCGACAGUGGUUAGUGUCACAGCUUCACCUACUGUUGAGUCAAAGCCAUCGGCCCAGUCUCCCGAACACCUUCAGUCCUCAGCUGCGGGGGCGUCAGCCCCCCAGAAACGCAGCUUCAUGUCCCGCUGGUUUGGUUCAUCUCCUGCUCCUGAGGCUUCUGCAUCUGGACCAGAGGACCCGCCUGCAUCAGUGUGUCCUGCUAAGGUUCAGAGUGUGGAUGAUUUUGUGCCAGAUGAGAGACUGGAUAAAAGCUUCCUGGAGGACAGCCUGCCCUCCAAGACCAAGGUCCCUGCGCCUGCUCUGGCUGUGGACAGCGACAGUGAUGGUGAAGACAGAGGAAACCCCAUGGUGUCUGGCUUCCAGGAUGAGCUCGAUCCUGACGACACAGAGCCCAGUCUUCCCCCGAAGACUCUGCCCCUCAGUAAAGAUAUCACUCUGACCAGUGACGAGGAGGAGGGAGUACCAGCAGGCCCCACUAUAACACAGGACCAAGACCUGGACAGUGAACCUGAGCUGAAAACGCCUGUGAUCCACAUCACAAAACCAAAGGUCCCAUCUAAAGCUCCAGAGCCCAGAGGCCAGACCGCAGCACCCAUCUCACUCACUUUAACUCCAGCAGCAGAGCAGCCGGCCCGACACCAAGGCAAGAAGAAGGGAAGCACACCCAAAGCUGAUGACUCUGAUACAGACCAUGAGGCCCCUGUAGCCCAGCAAAUGCUCUCGUUUGUCAUGGAUGACCCCGACUUUGAGUCUGAAGCGUCAGACACACCAAAAAUAGUGAAGGAUCCAUUUCCAGUCAGAGAUGAGCUUCUGUCUGACCUCUCUGAUGAUGACCUGCAGUUAGCCAAGGUGCCAGAACCUCUGAAGCCCACUGUGAUCUCUUUUAAACACAAGGACGUUACCGACCUGUUUGGCCUCGGCAUCCAAGAAGAGGCUCCCGCAGCCAAGGACAGCAGCGAGGAGCAGGAAGAGAAAGAAAGCAAACACUCCUCCAAAGACAAGAAGAAAAAGAAGAAGAAAAGCAAAGAGGAGGAUGAAAAGAGCAAGAAGAAACACAAAAACAAGAAAAAGGAAAAAGACGAAGCUGCAGCAGUAGAUGAAAAAAAGAAAAAGAAAUCCCGGACCAAGAAAACAGAAGUGGACGAGUUGGAGGACUUUCUGGGCGGGGGAGCCGGAUCUGUCAAAAGAGAUGACGGUGAUUACGAAGAACUAUAAAAGCUUCUGUUUUAUUAGGACACGGAGCCGCAGAACAGCAGCGAGGCGCGUGGUCGUUCAAUAACCUCCUGGUUCCUUGACUUGUAUGUGCAUAAAGCAGCAUCUCCAAGCCAUACGCAAUACACAAGGCUACCGACGACACCCAGGUAAAAAAUAACCAAGGACUGUGGUACCUGUAUGUUCCUUCUGAUUGAUUUUCCCAUCUGCACUACUGCUGUCACUUCAAUUUCAAUUAAUAAGACCCACAUGUACUGUAGU